AUGACCCUUAAAGUCUUUUUAACUGGAGCCACAGGCUACAUUGGUGGCACUGUUCUAGAUUAUAUCUACAAAGCUCGUCCCGAUUAUGCUUAUAGCAUCUACGUGCGGAAUGAAGAGCGUGCCAAGCCAAUCAAGGACAAGUACCCCAAGGUUGACUUCGUCUAUGGCUCGCUGGAGGACUCUGAGACUUUACUGCACGCGGUUGCUGAGACUGAUGUUGUAAUCCACACUGCCGAUUCUUCAGACAAUGUUCCAGGGGCAACGGCCAUUGCCAUGGGCCUAGAACGCGGCCACACACCAGAGAAGCCUGGUUACUGGAUUCAUCUCUGUGGUACCUCGAUUCUGACCUGGUACGACCAGAAGCACGGCCGCGAAGGCGAGCCACCACUGCCAGAACAGACCUAUCGCGACAUUGACGAUGUGGAGCGUCUAGUGACUCUGCCGGACUACGCCCAUCAUCGAAACGUUGACAUUCUAGUCCAAGAGACCAUCUCCGAUGCCGUCAAGAUUGCAAUCAUCUGUCCACCUACAAUUUAUGGCAAGGGCUCCGGACCAGUCAACACGCGGAGCAUCCAGGUGCCUGAGCUGGUCAGGACCACGCUCAAGGAAGGCUACGCACCGGUGGUCGGCAAAGGCGAGACUGAGUGGGACAAUGUACACAUUGACGAUCUGGCCAACUUGUUUGGAAGGCUCCUGGACGCCACGCAGGAUCCAAAGAAGAGCAAGAACCCUGAAAUCUUUGGCCUGCACGGGUACUUUUUUGCGUCCAAUGGAGUGCAUCGAUGGUCGGACGUGUCGCAGUGGAUUCUGGACGAAGCUGCCGAGCAGGGAUACCAGUCUGGGGCCACGACCAAGACUGUCACUUUGAAGGAGGCUGAGAGUAUCGUGGGUGCUACUGCACGCAGCUUUGGCAGAAACUCCAAAGGGAUCCCGCAGCGUGCUGAAAAGUACCUCGGAUGGAAGGCACAGGGCGCAGACCUCAAGUCUACCAUUGCAGCGACGGUUGCUGACGAGGCCAAGACGCUGGGUCUCAAGGCGAACAAGGCAUAG